AUCAGAGGAGCGCAAAGUUCCCGACGUUCCAGAUGGGAAGAGCGGGAUCGCUUUUGCAUGCAGAGGGAUCGAAGGACAUCACCUGAGACCGAUGUUAUUCACACGCGCGCGCUUCACGGCAGACGCACACGCACGCGGCGCCGCAGGAUGCGUGCAUGCGGGAAUAUAACGUUUCCAGCGUUGUUGCAAUGCGGCGGGAAGAAAUCUGAUGCGAGCAGGGAUCUGGGACGGUGAAGGCUGGGAUUCUGCGCUUGCUGUAUCUGGAUCCAGACCUCUGAUCGUGCUCUCUCUCUCUCUCUCUCCGGUUGCGCAUCGCGCGUUUCGGCGCUCAUUGAAGCCGCGACGAUGACCACCGCGGGUCAGGAGCAGCAUCAGCAUCAGGACCACACCAUGACGACGGUCUCCAAGAAAUCCAUCAUCGCCAAGAUGUUCAAAGUGCGCAAGAGGCGGGAGAUGCUGCUGGCGCAGGUGUGUUUGGUCUGCAGCGUUCUGCUCGUGGCAUGGGGCAUGUCGAGCAUCCUGACCAGGACAGGUCAUGGUAUGAUUGUGGAGGAGUCUGAUAUGGAAUCACAUGAUCACUGGGGUCGACGGCUGAUGUCCUCCACAGCUGAUAAUGUGUCGAAGGAGAAGAACUGCACAGAGCCAGCCAUCCAUGAAUUUCCAGAUGAUAUUUUCACCAACGCUGAGAGGAAGAGCGGUGGUGUGCUGCUGCAUAUUAUAGCGGCUCUCUACAUGUUCCUGGCCCUGGCGAUCGUGUGCGAUGACUACUUCGUGACGUCUCUUGAGAAAAUCUGUGAGAAGCUGAAUCUGAGCGAGGAUGUGGCUGGAGCCACGUUCAUGGCGGCGGGGAGCUCAGCGCCCGAACUCUUCGCUUCUGUUAUAGGUGUCUUCAUCACUCACGGUGAUGUUGGAGUUGGAACGAUCGUCGGCUCUGCCGUCUUUAAUAUCCUCUGCAUCAUCGGAGUUUGUGGGAUCUUUGCUGGACAGGUGGUCUUACUUACCCGGUGGGCUGUUUUCCGUGACUCUUUCUUCUACAUAUUGUCUGUAGUUGCUCUAAUUGUGUUCAUCUAUGAUGAAAAGAUUGUGUGGUGGGAGAGUCUGGUGCUGGUGCUCAUGUAUGCUGUAUAUAUCCUCAUCAUGAAAUUUAACGCAAGCAUGCAGAAGUUUUUCACGAGACAAGGCGACAAGAACGUUGCCAAUGGAAACGCAGCGGCCGGCAGUGAACUGGAGGACGUCAAGUCCAGUAAGCUUUACAGUCGAGGUUCGGUGGUAAUGGUUGAUGAAAUCAUCAACGCCAGUCCUCCAAACUACCGUUUCCCUGAAGCCGGUCUCCGUGUGAUGGUCACAAACCACUUCGGACCCAAGACUCGUCUGCGCAUGGCCAGCCGUCUCAUUAUAACAGAGCGUCAGAGGUUGGUCCAGUCGGCUAACGGUGUGGAGACAGCUGUGGCGGACGGCAAACCAGACAUCGAGAAUGGAAACGUGCCAGAAGACAAAACCACUGAAGAGAAAGAGAGUGAACUCACCUCACCGUUCAGACUACCAGACGGCUGUAUGAACAGAAUUAAAUGGCUGAUCUCUUGGCCGUUGUUGUUGAUCCUGUACUUCACCAUCCCAAACUGUGCCAAGUCUCGCUGGGAGAAAUACUUCAUGCUCUCCUUCAUCCUCUCCACCGUCUGGAUCGCCGUCUUUUCCUACUUCAUGGUGUGGAUGGUGACGAUCAUCGGAUACACGCUCGGCAUUCCCGACGUCAUCAUGGGCAUCACGUUUCUGGCGGCGGGCACGAGCGUCCCGGACUGCAUCGCCAGUCUGAUCGUGGCUCGUCAAGGUCUGGGAGACAUGGCCGUGUCCAACACCAUCGGCAGUAAUGUCUUUGACAUUCUGGUGGGGCUCGGCGUUCCCUGGGCGCUGCAGACCAUGGCAGUCAGUUAUGGAUCAGUUGUGAUGAUAAACAGUCGGGGACUGGUUUACUCCGUGGUGCUGCUGCUGGGAUCUGUCGCGCUCACCAUUCUUGGGAUUCAUCUGAACGGGUGGAAGCUGGACUUCAAGCUGGGCGUCUAUGUGCUGGUGCUAUACGCCAUCUUCCUCUGCUUCUCCAUCAUGAUCGAAUACAACGUCUUCACCUUCGUCAACCUGCCCAUGUGUCAGGAAGACUAGACUCCGUAUCCCAGAAUGCACCGUCCUGAUGUCACGAGCUCCAGAACAAUCAUCACCUCAGACUUUAUUCAAGCUCCUUUUAUUCGACUCAUCUCACUGUGGACGGACAAACGGAUACGAUCUUCUACUUCAGCUCAUUUUCCUGAUUCUGACCCCAGAAAGAGGAACUUCUCCUCGGCAGCUCUUCUCUUCCAGUUGAGAUCUUUAAUAUCUCAGAAUGCAUGGCAAACACGGAGCGUAUGGACGCCUGGAUAAGCAUUCGUCCUUUUCUACAUGCCUACACUGAUCUGUUUCUUUCUAACCACUGAAUCUCUUCAUGAAGUCUUUAUUGAUCACACAACUGUGAAUUCUUUUGCAGCAUAUUGCUUUUUUGGCUUAGAAAUAAGCUAAAUAUUUAGAAAUGCAAGAUAAAUUAACAUUUUCUGUUAGUACUGUGUCCUAUAAUCAGGUCAUCCAUGCUAAUCAGUGCAAUCUCAUUGGUCUAAAACAUCUGCAUAUUAAUCAGCAGCAGUGUCGCAGCGUCGACUUUCAUUGCAGACGGACUAAUUACUUUUCAUUGGAAGCGUGUCGUGCCUGAUUAGGACACAUGCAUGGUUAUUCUGCAUAUUUUUUUUCAUAAUCAGUAUUUUUGAUCUUGUUUUUUAUUUUUUAGUAGAAAUAUCUAAACAUCCUUAAAACAAGAUAAAUUUACUUGGAAAUAUUAAGACAUCGAGUUUUUAAGAGUUUGCAAAGAAUAUAUCUUCAAUUAAGUUAAUUUUAAUUAGUUUCUAACAUCAUUUGCAAAUAGUUUUAAGCAUAAACUCGAAUAUUUAGUUUUAGAAUUAUGUCAACAAAAUAUUAAUAAUAAUAUUUAGAAAUUCAAGAGAAAUAAAAAUAUUGCUUGUCAUCCAUUGUUAUUGUAAUAAAGAGUAAAAAAAAUCUAUUUCAAAUUCAAACUCCUUAUAUUUUUACAUUAUUGGCAAAUUGUUUAAAGCUUAAACCUGACCUACACUGAAAAAAGUGUGUCAUUCAUCCAAUUAAAAAAAAUAGGGUUAUGAUUCACAUC